AUAAAAAGGAAAGAGAAUCUUUGAAGCAAGUCGAAACAUAUCUAGGAUCUUGCAACAUGUCUCUGUUCAUUAACUCUUGUUCUAAACUCUGAAAACCUGGAGAAGCAGCAGAUUUUCAUGUUCCUUUUUCACUAAAUUAAAGGAAAUCGAGUGAAGUUUGCAGUGAACCGUUUUUGCUGUUAUAGUUGAUCACAGUUUCUGGGUAUGGAAACUCUUUCUUAUGGGUCAGCACCAUGCUGUCAAGUUGUAAACUCAAAGUGGAAAUUGGUUGAAAACAGUUUGAAUUCACGUCAAUCAAUAGUUUCUUCUAUAGGAAAACUAGGAGGUUGUUACACCAACACUACUUCAACAUGUGGGUCUUUGAGAUUUUGUGAUAUGGGCCGGGUGCAGCUAAGAGGCUCUAAAAGACUCAAUUUCAAAGUUUGUAGUGGGAGUUAUGAUGGUUAUGUGAUUGAGGAGGGAGCAAGGGAUAUUUCAGGGGUAGAGGAGCUUGCAACAAAGGUUCUGAUUCCAGGUCUACCUGAUGGUUCAAAUGGUGAAUCUGGUGCAGAAAUAAGUAGUUGCUUUUGGAGAUGGAAGCCUAAACUCAACGUGCACUAUGAGAAAGCAGGGUGCGAAAACGUGGAUUCUCCUAAUGUUCUCUUUCUGCCAGGUUUUGGUGUUGGCUCUUUCCAUUAUGAGAAGCAACUUAAGGAUUUGGGACGUGACUACAGAGUUUGGGCUCUGGAUUUUCUAGGCCAAGGGAUGUCUUUGCCUUUUGAAGACCCUGCUCCUCUGUCUAAGGAAGAGGUUGCAUCGAAUGAAGGUAUUUCUUCAUGGGGUUUUGGAGAUGAAACUGAACCGUGGGCGGCUAAGCUUGUUUACUCAGUUGAUCUGUGGCAAGACCAAGUUCGUUGCUUUGUAGAAGAGGUCAUUGGUGAACCAGUCUACCUCGUGGGCAACUCACUAGGAGGAUUGGUUGCAUUGUAUUUUGCAGCGUGCAACCCUCAUUUAGUGAAAGGUGUCACGUUGCUUAAUGCAACACCUUUUUGGGGGUUUCUUCCAAAUCCAAUAAAAAAUCCAAGACUAGCCAAAAUAUUUCCAUGGGCUGGAACUUUCCCCCUACCUUCAAGUAUAAAGAAACUUACUGAGUUGUUGUGGGAGAAAAUUUCUGAUCCUAAAAGCAUUGCUGAGGUACUUAGUCAGGUUUAUGCAGAUCACUCCAUAAAUGUAGAUAACGUUUUUUCACGCAUAGUUGAAACCACAAGGCAUCCAGCUGCAGCUGCAUCAUUUGCCUCAAUAAUGUUUGCUCCUCAGGGAGAACUAUCCUUCGGUGAAACAUUAUCCAGAUGUCGAGGAAACAAUGUGCCAAUCUGUCUCAUGUAUGGAAAAGAAGAUCCCUGGGUGGGGCCACUUUGGGGAUUCCAGGUUCAAAGGCAGGUGCCUGAUGCUCCAUAUUAUCAAAUCAGCCCUGCUGGUCACUGCCCUCAUGACGAAGUUCCUGAGAUCAUAAAUUUCUUACUUCGUGGGUGGAUCAGAAACCUUGAGUCUCAGGGUUCUGUGUCAUUACCACUGCUUGAAGAUGUAGACAGUAUAAAGCACACGGUUAUUGACAAGGAAUUAGAAUUUCCCAGAGAAGGUUCAAGAAGGUCAGCGAUGGUGAGAUUUUUCACUUCCAAUGUCUCACUUUGGGACAGGAUAAGAUCUUUGAUCAAAUUUCAAUCAAAGUACAAAAAUAUUCUGGCACCCAAAUCUCAGUGACGUGGUGAAGCUCAUGGCAUGGAUCUUCAAAUGUAAAUCAACUUUUAUAGUGAUUAAUUAAAAGAAGUAGGUUAGUGUAUUACUAUCAUCACUAUCAAGAAGUUAUAUUUAGAUUCAGAACCAUCACAUAUUUGUAACUUCAAUUUACUGUGUUUAUAAUAGUGGAUUAAUGAUUGAA